UUUUUGUCCAGACAUUCUUUCCGUUGUUUGGUUGAACUGCGACUGCUCGGACCGGAUAUUCAUGGUCGACAACGUCAAAGACAGCACGGAUUUUACAAAUUAAAGCUUCACAUUUUGUCCUCUUGUUUUUAACUGAUUUACUGGAAAUAACCAUUUGCCCUACUACUGCUUUUUGGCGUUUCGUGGCUUGCUAGCUUAGUAGCUAGCAAUGAAUCAGUUUGACCACUUGAAAGAUGAUGACACUGGAGACAAUGAAGAUCUGGUGGCCAGCCAAGAAGGGAAGGGCAGUGGUGUCAACAAUCACAACAACAACGUGCGACGAAAGGCCAUUUCCCCAGGGGCUGGGGAACACCCUCUCCAGUACAACUACACCUUUUGGUACUUCCGCCGAACGCCCAGCCGUCCUGCCAACACGCAGAGUUAUGAGCAGAACAUCCGUCAGAUAGGCACGGUGGCCUCGGUGGAGCAGUUCUGGAAGCUUUACAGUCACCUGGUGCGGCCGGGAGACCUGAUUGGCCACAGUGACUUCCACAUCUUCAAGGAGGGCAUCAAGCCCAUGUGGGAGGAUGAAGCCAACAAGAACGGGGGAAAGUGGAUCAUCCGGCUGCGGAAGGGGCUGGCCUCGCGCUUCUGGGAGAACAUCAUUCUGGCCAUGCUGGGGGAGCAGUUCAUGGUGGGAGAGGAGAUCUGCGGUGUCGUGGUGUCUAUUCGCUUCCAGGAGGAUAUCCUAUCAAUCUGGAACAAGACGGCCAAUGACCAAGUGACCACUUCCCGUAUCAGAGACACACUGCGCCGUGUCCUCAAUUUGCCCCCCAACACCAUAAUGGAGUACAAAACCCACAAUGAUAGCCUCAAGGACAAUUCCAGUUUUCGCAACACGAAGAUCGCAUUGUGACAGACCUGAAGGAGACAGACGGGGGGCUGAUGACAAGCAUACAGCCCGAUAUCGCUCUUGCUACUAAUGGACCUUGUCUUAGACCGCUGUGGAAGAUGUAUGGGGUGUGAGUAAGCGUGAGCCAGGGUGCGAGAGGGUGAAAGAGAGUGACUGAGCAAGCAGAGUCAGUGUAUGAGUUCUGCUCUCAGGGGACCUAAAACUUUUCCUCUUACAGGCUGUGUGUCUGUGAAUAGGCAGGGAAUCUUAUUGCUUGAAUUUUGUUUUCAUUUGUAUUUCUGUGACAUUUCUUAGCACGUGUAUAUAUGUAUGCGUGUCGUCCCUAGUGGUUCCUUUGAGAGUUGGUACAUGUUUUAUGUUUGUGUUUUUUAAACUGGUCUUCAGUGUAAACCGGUGGUCAUUCACGUAUUCUCAGAGGUUUAGUACAGAAAAAUGAAGGGUUUUUUUAAAGGAGCAUAAAUUGCUUCGAUGUUGACUGUCUAAACUGGAGUGACAUAGGAGUGAGCUGGGAAAUUUCUCACGCUGAUACCUUAGGCUUGUUUUGACAGGAGUUUUCACGUUAAAGUGCUCAAUAAUGUUUUUAUAGAAGGUUGAAAGAAACUGUGCACAUAUCAAUUUAUUACUGGUUCAUGCAAACAAAAUGGCAUAAUUUUUACUGAAAUUAUGUUUUGUCACAAACACACUACAUUGUUUCUGGUGUUACCUGUACUGACCUCAAGUUGACUGGGAUCUGCCAUUCCUUUCAAGUGAAAAAAGUAUGAACGGGAAACAUACUCUUUUGGCUUACCAUGAUGACAUAAUCAAUAAGGGGUCGCUCAAAUAAUUGAACAGAAUAAAGGAAUGGUAAACAAA